GCUCAUCUGUCAUGUCCGCGUAAACAAGCAUCAGAAAAGAACGACCCCGUUGACAAAAAAUAAAAAAAAAGUUACCAAUUACUCCAAAUUAUUUAUAAAAUUAUCACAAGUGUUUGAAUAUUAAAAUAAUAGUAAAAAGUUGAAAUAAAAGUGACAGAAAAUGAGCCGAAAAAAAAAUCUCGACAUAGCAUUAAAUCAAGUGAUCAAUGAAAGUACGAUGAUUUUGCGUACGAAAAAAUAUUUAAAGCAGAAAAUAAUGAAUACAAAUGACAAGUACUAUAUAAAUAAUGAGUAUUACACUAAACAGAGGCAGCAUAUAUAUGAUUUAAUUCGUCGGACAGUAGAAUUGGGUGAAAGUAACUCAGCAUUACUGAUAGGGCCACGUGGUUCUGGCAAGACAUCCCUGAUAAAUUCUGUUUUAAAUGAGCUGUCAAGUUCUCUAAAAUGUUUCAAAUCAACAGCAUUGAUUGUCAAUCUCAAUGGAUUAAUUCACACUGAUGACAGGUUGGCACUGCGAGAUGCCACCAGACAAAUGCAGUUAGAAAACGCCGUAGGUGAUAAAGUAUUUGGAACUUUUGCUGAGAAUUUAAAUUUUUUGCUCGAGUGUCUGAAAUCUGGGGACAAAAAAACAUCCAAGCCCUGCAUAUUUUUGAUCGACGAGUUCGAUUUAUUCUGCCAGCACCACAACCAGACUUUGCUCUACAAUUUAUUUGACAUCGCGCAGUCAGCACAGUCUCCAAUCUGCGUCCUGGGAAUCACGUGUCGGCUGGAUGUCAUUGAGCUGCUGGAGAAACGGGUCAAGUCCAGAUUUUCUCAUCGGCAGAUUUUCAUUUUUCCCGGCAGCGAAAAUCCACAGGCUGAACCCAAUGACAAUAUUGUCAAAUUAUUUUACUAUUUGCUCAGUGUGACAGAUGAUGAUGCUGAUGAUGAUGGCGGUCACGAUAUCGACAAACAGUUCGCAGCCAUUUGGAACAAAAACAUUGACAGUCUUGUUGCUAAUCCGGUGAUUAAGAAAUUGUUACAGAGAAUUUAUCAGCUGGAUGUUGGUGAAAGAUUACUGAAAAAUUUGCUGUUUGUUAUCGUCUCGGGGCUGAAUGACCAGCACUGCAAGAUUUUGGUCAAUGACAUUGUGGAAGCCAGCAAAGUAUUUAUGCAUGAUGACAAAUUACUUAUGCUUCAGGGUCUUUCUGUACUGGAAUUUAGUUUGAUAAUCGCAAUGAAACAUGAAACAGAAAUAUACGAUGAGCCGUUUAAUUUUGAAGCGAUACUCAAUCGUUAUGUUAAAUUUGCUAAUCAAUUGUCGUCGAUUCAUUCUGUACAGAGGCCAGUUAUCAUGAAAGCAUUUGAACAUAUUAAGAAUUUGCAAUUAUUGACGCCAGUUAAUAGCAGCGGGAUCAGCAAUUAUUUGAAAUCGGAGAAAGAAUAUCAGUUUUUUAAAUUACUUGUCACAUCGCAACAAAUUAUUGAAGCUGCUAAAAAUUAUCCUGGGCUACCAACCGAAGUGUCUCAAUGGGUUACUUACAACAAUUCGUUAUAAAUUAUAAAUAAGACAAUAAUUUAUUAUUUAGUAUUUAUUAUUUAUUAUUUAUUAUUUAUACUUUUAUUUAAAAAAAAAACAUUUUUAUACCGAAGACGAUGUUGAUCUCAAUCGCCUUGGAUAUUAAAUGGUGAUUUAAAAACCUUCAUAGGGCAUUCGUUAUAUCUAAAGUACUUUUACAUGAAUUUUAUUAUGAAUUAUAAUUAUUAUUACAAUUAAAUAUUUUUUUAAAUAAUGGCGGGAAAAGUCUUGAUUUUAAAUUUUUACUUAAAGCUUUAAUUGUCGCCAAACUAUUAGAGAUAUCGUAAAAUUGCUCUCUUAUGAAUUUGUAGGAAAUUUAAUUCUCUACAAAAAAUAUAUCUGUGAAUUUUUAUGUAAAUUUGAUAUUUUCGUCAAAAUUUCAAUUUUAAGUUUCACGUAAAAAAUUGUUAUUUGAAUUUUUAGUUCUUUUUUUUAUUUAAAUUUAAAUUCUGCCCAAACUAUCAGAGAUAUCACAAAAAUGAUUGAUACCUUUUUUGUAGGAAAUUUAAUUCUCUACAAAAAAGGUCUUCAUAAAUUUUAACGUAAGUCCAAUAGUUUAGACAGAAUUUGAAUUUUAGUUCAGUUAAAAUUAAAAAGUACUUGAUAUUGACAGCCCUUAUAAUUAAUUAAUUAAUUAACCCAAGCCAGAGUAUUAAUGACUGGUGUUUGAUUAAUUGGUAAUGGUGAUUUAAUAGAUUUUUUUUUACUCAUCAUUCUAAUUAAAUUAUUAACACGCUUUGAUUUACGAUAUUUAUUAACAAAAUAAUCAUGUCCUGGAUUAAUACCGAUGUCUAAAAUAUCAUUUAAUUUUUUGUCGCCUGUAAAAGGUCUUAAUGCUGACAUAGCUCUACUCACUCCAAUCUAUAUUAACAAAUAAAUAAUUAAAUAAACAAAA